CCUGAGCACAGAAGUCGAGUCUCUCACAGGUGGGGGGCGUGCUGAUGCAAGAUGGCGGCCGGGGUGGCGACGUGGCUGCCGUUUGCGCGGGCGGCGGCGGUGGGAUGGCUCCCGCUCGCCAAGAAGACGAUGCCCAAACCUCCCAUAGACAACUCGUCCAAAUCAGAUGAGAUCCUGUACGUCAACGUCAGCGGCGUCCGGUUUCAGACAUGGAAGAACACUCUGGACCGCUACCCGGAGACGCUGCUGGGUUCGUCAGAAAAAGAGUUUUUCUACAACGAGGACACUCAGGAAUACUUCUUCGACCGAGACCCCGAAAUGUUCCGGCACAUUCUGAACUUUUACCGCACGGGGAAGCUUCACUACCCGAGGAACGAGUGCAUCCAGGCCUUCGACGAGGAGCUGGCCUUCUACGGCAUUGUGCCCGAGAUCAUCGGGGACUGCUGCAUGGAGGAAUACCGGGACAGGAAAAAGGAGAACCAGGAGCGUCUGGCGGAGGACACGGAGGCCAACGAGGGGAUGGACGCCCCGCUGCCUCCCAACAGCACCUCCCGGGAGCGUCUGUGGCGAGCCUUCGAGAACCCGCACACCUCCACCAUGGCUUUGGUCUUCUACUACGUCACCGGCUUCUUCAUCGCUGUGUCCGUCAUCGCCAACGUGGUGGAGACGGUGCCGUGCCGGCCGCACAAGGGCAGCGCGAAAGAACUGCCGUGCGGCGAGAAGUACCAUCUGGCCUUCUUCUGCAUGGACACGGCCUGCGUGCUCAUCUUCACAUUCGAGUACCUGAUGCGCCUGUUCGCCGCGCCCAGCCGCUGCAAGUUCAUGCGCUCCGUGAUGUCCGUGAUCGACGUGGUGGCCAUCAUGCCGUACUACAUCGGUCUGGUGAUGCCGGAGAACGAGGACGUGAGCGGCGCCUUCGUCACGCUCCGGGUUUUCCGCGUCUUCCGCAUCUUCAAGUUCUCGCGCCACUCGCAGGGCCUCAGGAUUUUGGGCUACACGCUGAAGAGCUGCGCCUCCGAGCUGGGCUUCCUGCUCUUCUCCCUCACCAUGGCCAUCAUCAUCUUCGCCACCGUCAUGUUCUACGCCGAGAAGGGCACCAAGGGCUCCACCUUCACCUCCAUCCCCGCCUCCUUCUGGUACACCAUCGUCACCAUGACCACGCUCGGGUACGGAGACAUGGUUCCCAACACCAUCGCCGGGAAGAUCUUCGGCUCCAUCUGCUCCCUGAGCGGCGUGCUGGUGAUCGCCCUGCCCGUCCCCGUCAUCGUGUCCAACUUCAGCCGGAUCUACCACCAGAACCAGAGGGCGGACAAGAUGAGGGCGCAGCAGAAAGUGCGUAUGGCUCGGAUCCGCAUGGCCAAGAAAGGAACAGCCAACGCCUUCCUCCAGUACAAAGAGGACCGAAACAUCGGGGACCCUGACGGUGACAACUCGGCUCUGUGUGUGAAGAACAGAUCAGCGUUCGAGCAUCAACACAACCACCUGCUGCACUGUCUGGAGAAAACCACGAACCACGAGUUCACCAACGAGAUGAACUACAGCGAGCUGUGCAUGACGGAGUCGGUGGGCUACAGGACGAGUCGCAGCACCUCCCUCUCCAGCCACCAGGGCGCGCAGAACAACUCCACCGGCUGCUGCCCGCGCCGCGCCCGCCGGAGAGCCGCCAUGAGGCUCGCCAACUCCACCGUGUCCGUCAGCCGGGGCAGCGUCCAGGAGCUGGAUACCCUGCACCUCAAAACCACCUCCAUACCCCCACAGACUCGCUCCAGUCUGAACGCCCAGAUGUGCGACAUGAAGCUGAACUGCGGGGAUCAGGAUUUCACCGCCGCCAUCAUCAGCAUCCCCACGCCGCCCGCCAACUCCCCCGACGAGAGCCUCCCCCCGUCGCCCGCCCCCAUCCUCGGCAUCCUGCGCAACACCCGGGCCACCGCCUACACCCAGGACUCCGUCAAGAUCUCCUCCUUAUAACCUCCGACCCCCACCCUCCUCCCCUUAGUAACCCUCCCUUCCUCCCCCUCUACUGCCUCCCUAAUAACCUCCAGGGCACUGCUGGCUGAGAUUUCGGGGACAAACUCGGAUACUUUGGACUUUGGGUAGCUCUCACUUCGUUUUCCCUUUUUUUGUGGAUUAAUGGAGAUAAACUUGAGAAGAAAUGGCCGAAAAAUACAGGAAAAGAUGCAAAACUGGAGCUAGGAAAUCAAGCAAAGGUAGAGGACUUUGUAAAUGAACUGUAAGGUUUUUCUGGAUCCUUCCCUUCACGCACUUCCUCCCCUGCACAGACCCUCUGAACCUCAUUGCACAAAUCUCGCUGGGAUUCAUUCAACGGAAGAGAUGCCAAGACUCCCAAAGAAAAACAAUUAGCAUCCCGAAAACAUCUGACUUUAUGAGCACCACUGAACGUAACGCUCUACAGGAGAGGUGCAGAGGGACUCUUAUUUCUGCUGCUGGUCUUGGAAAUGUAUCUGAAGGACGGUUAAAGGAUCCUCUGUGAUUGGAAAAAGACGAGGCGAGCCGCAGACAACCAAACAACCCUCAGCGGCUCCUCAAGGCUACAACCUUUUUUUGAUUUCCUCUGAUGUUUUGGGUUGCGGGGAAACGGGUGACAGAAAAAAAUAGAGGCGUACAGAUUAGAGGACGGCCCCUUUUCUUGAAGACCUUUGAGACUUGAUUGCGAUGAAAACAAUGGACCUGUUUUGCUUUUAAAAUGUACAGGAUGAAGGUUUAAAAAAAACCAAAUUGUGCAAGAAGAGGAUGAUAAAUGAAUCCCAAAUCAGACGGAGUUCAGGAGGAACGGAUGGACGAUCUCUUCACUGGCUCAGCAGCUCAAGCCACUUCGGGUUUAAGGAGCGAGGACUCGUAAACUUUUAUCAGAAUGCAGUUGAACGACGAGGGAAAAACUUGAAAGAUUUUGGGACCAGACGCUGCUGAAACGCAUGAGUAUAAACUGAUGUGUGCUGAGCCCGUUCACCCCCCCCC